AUUUCAACGCGAGCUCGAGAAGAAACGCAUCCAACUUGCCCGCGGCACCCGCCGCUUCGAGUCGCCAACGUUAGCGGCAAUUACAGUCGGAUCUGGCUUUCGAACGCACCGACUUUUCCUCUCGCUCGAACAUCGUUAGAUACGAUGAACCGAGAGAAAGAGAAAGGAAGGAAUGGCGAUCAUUUUUUGCCGCAGAUCGCGAAACGAAACAACGAGCAUACUACUUACUUGACCGAACGAACGCGGAGUACGCUACACGCAUGUGCAAGUAGAUAAGGGCAAACGAGUCUGACACGUUGACGCAGACGUUGUUCUAUGAUCUCGCGGGGUACUAAAACGUUUGUUUAACAGCGUUUCCAGUUGAUUCCUACACUCGCCAACAUGAUUUUCCCGAUUCUUCUCUUCGCUCUGCUAUAGAUCGUCUAACGUCUAUGUUACGCGAUACAUCUUGACUCUGUUUGCUGUUUUCACGCCCCGUAUGUUCUCUACGUACUAGGUCGUCCUAUAAGUAACGCAUUCGUUGCUUUUCGCGUCCCGGAUGAAGAUAAAAAGUUACCUGUCGACGAUCGGUCAAUGACGAAAUUUCCCGUACUUUUACCGCGAUUCAAUACCUUUUCCUAUCAAGUUUUUGAUUCGAAUUUUUGUAAUACCUCGAUGUAUUACGAGAUAUACUUUUAAACUGAACUCGUAGAAGCACCGCGUUACUCACGGCAUGACCGAAUACGGUAUUCGUCCGUCUCUUUUUGCGUUAAUUUUCCCAAACUGUGUUAUUCGUUCAAAUAGAUACGUAAAUAAAGAAGCUAACUGCUUGUAGACGACUACAGGUAGCGUCACCGAUUUGACAGUCUUCCAACAUGUCGUUAUAAUUCCUUUCAGAAUCUUCGCUCGUAGGUCGCGUUUGAUUCGCAUUUUCCCGCGUUCCUUAUCGCGACAUCAUGGAUGCAAGAAGGCAAACAAAGAAGCCCGGUGGUUUUAUCGUGACGCGGACGAACGAUCAAUUUGGAGACGUCAGCGGUCGACCGCGUGUGGUGCAACGGUGAGCGAAAGAACACGGCGGGGAAGAAAGGUAUCGCGAGGUUCGGCAGCGGAGAGCAUUCCCGCGGUAUAAUUGUCCGGGAUCUUGCCGGCGACAAACUCGGGGUCCGCUCCAUUCCCUCCGCCCGAGUUUCCAGCGCGAUCCGUAGAGAACGCUGAAGUGUGUGUGUGUGUGAGAGAGAGAGAGAGAGAGAGAGAGAGAGAGAGAGAGAGAGAGUGGAUACGCGUCGACAAAAACGUAAUUGCGCUCUCGUCGCCGCGACGAUUUACGCCGAUCAAUCUCCCCGUAACUCUUCGUCGGGAUUGCGACCGCUGCGAGCUGACCUCGUUCCCGAAUAUCCGCCGCUCCGAUCUUUUUACGUCGACCGUAAAUUGCUCUUUCUUGCCUCGUCUUCGCCGCGUUCCUCCGCUCCUCUUCCUCCUCCUCCUGCCCGUUCCCCUCAUCCACCUUCCGUGCGACUACCGUUCGAGAACUUUCGUUUUCCAACGCGACACGUAGCUGUUGGCGAUUUCCGCUCGCGGUCGCGGGAUUCGCGGUCGCGCACGGAAGAAAGGAAGCGAGAGACGCGAGGGCGAUGGAAAAAGGUCCGCUACGGGCCGGCUCGCGGAUCCAUAGGUACGCGCGGCGCGCUUCUCUUCUCGCAUUCCGAGCCGCGUUCCCACACACGCAUGUGUGCACCUCUACCUUUCGAUUCGUACAUUCUCGCGACGUCGAACCGAGGGAGACGGAAGCGGGCCGUGAACGGAGACGAACCAGCUGCGACGGCUAAAGGGGAACGGGGACCGAGAGAGCCUCUCGACGGAUGAAUGAAAAAAGAGGAGAAAGGAGAGACGCUCCGGAGAACGGCGACGGGGAGGUCGAGGAGAGCGUCGCGGCGUUCGUACUCGACUGCAGCCAGGAAGGGGGAGAGAAGCGAACGGGGAAAGAGUAGCAGCGCGAUAGUGGGAGGGGGGAGAGAAGCAAAGAGAGAGAGGGUGAUAUCUGGGAAGGUUUUCGGAGAGUGGGAGAGCUUCGACAAAAGUUCCUUGCGCGAUGACCACGAGGAACGUAGUGGGGAACUCGACAGGCGUGGCCUUGAUAAGGACCGCCCGCCAUUUCCCCUUGAAAGCCACGUGCUAGACUACGUGGAGCAGAGAGAAGAGACGUCUACCAGAAGCUGCCAACUUCAUCUCCUCCGCGGGUUUCACUCGCGAUCGAACAACCCUCGUGAAAAAACGUUCGCCGAUCUCGCUUUAUGACCGACGUUCAUGCCGUAAACGAACGUUCGAGUUCUACUUCGCUGUAUAUUCUUCGCGAUCGACGUCCAGCACUGCGAUCGCCGAGAAGGAGGAGGACGCUUCGUCCAAGAGUGACUCGAGUGACGAAAAUACAAGGGGGAAAGCGACGCAACGCGAAAUCGAGGAAAGGAGGAAGUCGCGAAGCAGAAACGAAGAAAGAGAGGAUCGAAGGAUCGGAAGAUCGAGCGGAAGAAGAAGGGCCGGGGUCGAACGAAGAGAGGCGGGGCGAGAUUCGAUCGGCGUUGGGGGGUCCGGCUAUCGAGCGGUCGAGGGGAAACGGACGCCGCUGCCGGCGUCGCGCCGAACGACGGAGUGGAGAAGAAAACGGAACGGAAGAGAAGCGAAGAGCGGAGAAGAGAAGACGGACGACGAGAAAAGGGAAGAGAAGGGAAGAGACGAGAAGAGAAGAGAAGAGACAAGAAGAGAAGAGAAGAGAAGAGAAGAGAAGCGAGUAGAAGAAGAAAGGAAGGAGGAAGAGAAGGAAGCACGGAGCGUGGAGGAAGAGAGAAGGAAGGAGUCCGCUAGGGGGGAGAAGAAACGAGACGCGUAGAGGAGCCUUGGGGUGGAGAGGGGAGAAGGUUCCGUUCUCUCUCUGAAGAGAGAUCGGCUCUUCCGCGGAGGAGCGCGUGCAGUCGCUAGCCGAGGCCUAUACUUGUCCGUCGAAGGGUAUUGGUUCUCCAAGUCGGUACCGUACCCCCCGAGACCGGGCAAAAGAGAAGGAAACGACGAGUCUCCCCUUGGCGCGUUCUCUCGCGGGUCGACGCUCGUUCGCUCGUUGCUGGCUGCUCGCUUGCACGUAACGCGUUUCGUUCGUUGGUCCUUCGGUUGGUUCGGCGAUUCGUUGGUUCGAUCGGCCGAUCGGUCGAUCGAUCGCGCGCGCACUCGUCACGCGGCAACUCGCCCUCUCGAUACGUGAUAACACCCGAACAAGGACGAUCGUCGUUGCUCCGUUUCGCUGCACGACGCGAGACCGGACGACACGAGACGGGACGGGACGAAAGGAAACGCGACGAGACGCGCAGCAAGACGGAGGAAAAGAAAAGAGGAACGAUCGAGUAUACGACGCGACAACGACGCCGACGACGACGAAGGAUCGAGACGAACGAUUUGAGGGCUACCGGCCUGCUUACCGGUUUUAGCCUGUUCCGACGGAAAACGUCGAUGAGGGUUGCCAGGUAUCCUUCGGCCUUUCCGUGCCUCUCCCACCACUUCUGAUUCGGCGAGAACUCGGCAAGGGUGACACCCACCCCUCGAAAAAGAGCCCUUCGGGGGGUGAGUUUCCAGCACUCGACGUCAUCUGGCCCGCUCUACCGACUACAGUUGCCCAACGAACGGUCGCUUGUCGGUGUUACGGUCCUUGCGAUCGUGCUGCUGCCAUUGACAGCUGACCGCUUGUUGCCUACGCUUCGUGCAUUCGAUCGAGACACCGGCAGCUGUGGACGACUCCCUCCUUCCUUCCGAAACACGGAAUACUCCGAAUUGUCGUCUUGAACGAUGGUUUGAACGUUCGUCGAACGAUCAUCGACCACGUGCAUCUCCGUCUUCAUCGAGUGUGUCCACGACGAACGCUUACUAUGUGCGCGACGCCGUUCCCGAAUAUUAUCGUGUGAUGUUCGCAAUACGGUGAGUGAGCAUUGGUGCAUGGUGUUUCGCCGCUCGACGAAGCUCGAUCAGAAUCGCGAUAGGAUCUGCGCGCCGCGAUUGCAUUCGAUCGCGAAGAAGAAGAAAAAGAAAAUGAGGCUUUGGAUGAUCAUCGGCGCUCUGGCGGUGGCGACACACGCCUCCAUCGCCGAAAUUACCAGGAACAAAAACCGUGGAAGAGGGUCGAUGUGGUGGGGAAUCGCCAAGGCAGGAGAGCCCAACAAUUUUUUGCCAAUGUCCCCGGCAUCUCUUCACAUGGAUCCCACAGUGUACGCGACCUUGAGGAGAAAGCAGCGCAGACUGGCCAGGGAAAACCCAGGAGUCCUAAUGGCCGUGGCUAGGGGUGCGAACCAAGCGAUCGCCGAGUGCCAGCAUCAGUUUCGCAAUCGUCGAUGGAACUGUUCGACCAAGAAUUUUCUUCGUGGGAAAAACCUCUUUGGCAAGAUCGUCGACAGAGGUUGUCGAGAGACCGCCUUCAUCUACGCCAUCACGAGCGCCGCCGUGACUCACAGCAUCGCGAGAGCGUGCAGCGAGGGCAGCAUCCAGUCGUGCUCCUGCGACUAUACCCACCAAUCGCGGCCACCAUCCGGCACGCGGGAUUGGGAAUGGGGUGGCUGUUCGGACAACAUCGGCUACGGGUUCAAGUUCUCCCGCGAAUUCGUCGACACGGGGGAGCGUGGCCGAAAUCUGCGCGAGAAGAUGAAUCUGCACAACAACGAGGCCGGCAGAGCGCACGUGUCCUCGGAGAUGCGGCAGGAGUGCAAGUGCCACGGCAUGUCGGGCUCCUGCACCGUCAAGACCUGCUGGAUGAGGCUACCGAAUUUUCGCGUGGUCGGGGAUAAUCUGAAGGAUCGGUUCGACGGCGCGUCCAGAGUUAUGGUGAGCAACUCGGAUCGGGUGCGUGGCAACGGGAACGCGAUCGUGAGCAAUUCGGCGAGUAAUUCUGUGCACGGUCAUCGGGAGGGUCUGGGUCGUCGACACCGGUACAACUUUCAGCUGAAGCCGUACAACCCGGAGCACAAACCACCAGGUCCGAAGGAUCUCGUUUACCUGGAGCCCUCGCCGCCGUUCUGCGAGAAGAACCCGAAACUUGGCAUUCUCGGCACUCACGGUAGACAGUGCAACGACACGAGUAUCGGUGUCGACGGCUGCGACCUGAUGUGCUGCGGCAGAGGCUACAAGACGCAAGAGGUGACGGUCGUCGAGAGAUGCGCCUGCACGUUCCAUUGGUGCUGCGAGGUCAAGUGUCAGCUCUGCAGAAUCAAGAAGACGAUACACACGUGCCUCUAGGCGUUUCUCUCUCUCUCUCCUCUAUACUCGGUCCCUUUUCUCCCGAAGAGACUACCUCCUUCCUGGCGAAGGACGCUUCCGUAGUCUCGCGUGGAUCGCUGGAUCAUCGACGUUGUCGAAGAGGUGGUACGGAUGAUCCUACCGCGAACAACUCUGCGUUCAGUUUCACCCGUUCAGGUUGACCGAGCCGCGCGACGGAGCCUGCAGUUACGAGCGGGUUGCUGCUCCUUGUCUCCCAGUAUUACGCGAAACGAUCUAAGCCGUAUAUUUAUUACGACGUUCCACGGACGCGUACUAAAGACUGAGACGGCGAGAAGAAUUGUUAUCGGAUCGCGAUCGUAAUCUUAGCACGUUAGACGUAAUAAUCGGCGAGUUGUCGUUGCAUUGUACAUACGAUAAUCCCUCUUGUUCCCCGUUUCGCUUCGAAUCGCUUCGUCACGCGGCAUCUUCUUAAUUUUAGGGAGAACGCGGGACCGCGAGAUUCGUUAUACUCGUUAUUUAUUCCGAUCCUUCGGAUCGCGUACUUGUAUAUAUGCAUAGAUCAUAGGUAUAUAAAUACACAAAUUUAUAUGCAGAUGUAUAGAUAUAUAUAUAUAUAUAUUUUUUUGAAAAUCGCGCUCGUCCAAGUGUCGCGCGAGAAGUCUGUUGUAAAUAGUCGACACCGUUGAGACGAAGCCCACGCUCCGCGGGGUGCGAAUAAAUUAUUUUUAUACGUCUCUUCCUGUUAACUCCUUACUUUUGGAUUCGCGCGGCGCUGUCACGUAGAAUUAGAAAAAUCAUUAGCCCGGUGUUAGACGAUCCGACCUCUAUCUCCGAGCAAAGAAACGGUUUUUUACGAUACUUGUAACGCACAGUAGACUUUUUUACUUGACUCUUUGUAAUUUAUAAAAAUUGAGGUAUAAGAAGAGGAAAUAAAGACGACUACGAAAGAGUUGAAAGAU